CCAACAUUCUUUUUUUAUCUCUUCAGAGCUUCCUCUCUCUACCCUCAAGUGUGGUUUCAGUAUGACUAGAGAAUGGACACUAAAAAUAUUUCUGGAAUGACGUGACCCUCUCUCGCCCCAUCAGGAAAGGAACAAGGCUGCACAAGAAACAGCAUAUGCUUUCCCUUCAUUUCUGGGACUCCCGGGGUCGAUCUGCAGAUGCUGCUCCUUCCGUGGCCGAUGGCAUUCAGAUUCAUAGCUGCCGACAGUGCCAGGCAAACAACUGGGCAAGACAGCUUGGCUACGGGCCGCUGGCCACGGUCUCGGCCAGAGCAGCAGCCCCCCAGCCACAUCCCACCUCUGCCACCCCAUUCAGGAGCCUUCCCAUCUCCCUCAGGCUGGUCCCGGCCCCGCCACAGGGGCUGAAGAACUUGGAGGUGGUGGCAGCUGCGGCUGUGGUGCCUACAGCCUUGGGGGCAGUCCAGGCACGUGGGACCCGGCUUCGGGCAACUCUGUGGCCCCUUCAGGGCCAGAGAGAAACUCAGGACAGCCGCAGCGCUCACCACUGCCUCUUCCUGUCGCUGAAACCUGGGCUGGGGCUCAGAAUGGAAGCCACUACUCCUGAACUGAUGUCACAGGUCGAACUGACUGAGGCUGGGGAGCCGGCGAGCGGAGCUCAAGACAACCCAGAGCUAAAGCAGCAGCUGCGGCCACUUCCCAAGCCUUCAGCUCUCUCCCAGGGAGAAGCGAAAUAUGUGGAGAUGUGUGCUUCCGCUGGAGUGCAGAGGCAGAGUCCUCGGACCGUGAAACUUACCCUGGAGCACCGUCCAGGGGAUCAGAGGGCCUCUCGGAGCUCCAAGGAGAAAUCCAGUGGGCCCCAAAAUGAACCCGGAGACCAAGAGUCCAAGGCUCCAACUCUCCAGAAGAAUCGUGCUGCGGCGGAACUCUCCCGAGCCCAGCCCUCCAACACUGACGAGACCGGCAACUUCUCAUCUUCCGCGUCCUCCUCCUCCUCCCUGGUGGACAAAGCAGAAGAGGAUGGCCUUUCCAAAAGGGAUGAUACCAUCACAUCGACCGGGGCUCUGGCCACCUCCUCUUCUUCCUUAGGCUUUGAGAGUGACAGUGGUGAGAGCGAAGUGAGCUGCCAGGCCAGAGAAGGAGAAGCCGGGAAAAAAACGGGAGGGGCAGGGGGAGCAGGAGGGGGAAGACGGGGAAUAGGAGAUGAAACAGUGUACAGGAACAUUAUUGCCAAGUCCCAGGGCAGCAGAGACCCCCCCAAAAAUGAAGAGGCUCACUACAUCACCACCCACGAGAUCCAGCUGAGUGAGGUGGAGCAAGACAUGGAUUUUGACGUGGGGCUGGCCUCCCGCUGGGAUUUCGAGGACAACAACGUGAUCUACUCGUUCGUGGACUAUGCUUCCUUUGGUGGCAGUGACGAGACCCCGGGAGAUGUCACCACCGCCACUGAAGAGGACGACGACAACAGCUGCUACCUCAGCACCACUCCCAGCACCGACACCACCCGGACGCCCAGCCCCACCAGCAGUGAUCAGGCCCGCCCCAGGGCGGACAGCAGCGGUACAGACACGAGCAGCACGGAAGUGGGCAGCGGCCCCUUGGACAGUGACCCCACGCCCCCACCCACUGGGCUUGGCACUGUCACCCCCCAUGAGCCCUUGCCCGAGCCCCCGGAGGCAGCUUCAGGGGCAGCAGGCUCGGCGAGCAGCUGUGGGAGUGCAGCAAGCCAGAUCCUCCUAUCAAUCAAACCGACUUCCCGGGCUAUAAAUGAGCCUAGCAACGUGCGUGCAAAGCAAAACAUUAUUUACGCUGCCAAGCAUGAAGGCGACAUGAGCCUCCGCGUCUCUACAGCUGCUGAACACAAGUCAAGUUCACUGAAGCAAUUCCCGGCUGCAGCCGUGGCUCAGGACCAUGCAAAGAAAUUCAUUGCUGUCCCUGCUCGCCUGCAAACCAGGUGCGGGGCCAUACGAGCGAAGGAGCUGGUGGACUACUCCAGUGGAGCCUCCAGUGCCGUGAGUGAGCUGGACGAUGCCGACAAGGAGGUGCGUAACCUGACCUCCCGGGCCUUCCGGAGCCUUGCUUACCCCUACUUUGAGGCUCUGAACAUCAGCUCUCGGGAGUCCUCCACUACGCUCUCCGAAGUCGGCUUUGGGCGCUGGUCGACUUUCUUGGACUUAAAAUGCGGGGGUGUGGGAGCCAGGGUGGAAGAGAGCCUGCUCAGGAGCAGCGCAGCUUCGGUGGCUGCAGGUCUGAGGAAGGGCAGCGGGGCCAGGACCACCGCAGACCAGCUCUACAUCCAGUCCAAGAAGUCCCAGACCAAGGCCUUGGAGUUUGUGGUCAGCAAAGUUGAGGGGGAAAUCAAACAUGUGGAGACACCUCUGUGUUUCCAGAAGCCCAUCCAGACUGGCUCUCGCGUGGUCACCCUUCUGGAGCCCCUGAAUUUAUGCAGUGAGAGCAAAGCCAGCUCAUCCACUGGGCCUUGCAGAGGCGCCAAAGGCUCCAGCAAGGGCCCCGGGUCAGUGUACACCGAUGAUGGCUCUGAGACCUCUGAAAGCAGAAAGCCUGUCUCCCGGAACGAGGGCUCCCAGAAGAAGUCCAAGUUUGCUUCCAGCCUACUCAAAAAUGUCAUCUCCAAGAAGAUGCAACUGGAACACGAGUUCAAAAUGGAGAGGGGGGAAGUCACAGACACAUCUCACAAAAGCCUCCCCAGCAGCUCUAAGCAGGCAGAGGGCCCUUCUGAAAAGCCACGGGACAGGGGCCUGCAGAGGCAGAGUUCUCGCCACUCAGAGGCUGGCUCCGAGUACACGGUGGUUAGCGUGUCUGAUGCAGGUGGGGAGGGGUCCGCGGUCGAGACCAAAUCCCCCAUUUUCAAAGCCAGUGCUCCCCGAGAGAGCAAUGCAGGCUCUGGCCGGAAUUUUGCAGAGGGAUACACGGAAGAAGUGUGUGAAAUUAAAAAGAGCGCCUCAGAGACUGUCAAGGGCAUCUUCCUCCGAAGUCAGAACAGUGCAUUCCGAUCAUGGAAGGAGAAAGAGGCGGAGAAGCGAGAAGAGAAAGCCCCCAUUCGGAAGCUGAAGCUGCCCAAGGCGGGUGACUGGAGGGCUGACUUCGGGGAGAUCUCUGCCAGCAAGUCCACCAUCAUGUCUCGCCUCUUUGUCCCCAACAUCCAGCAGACACCCAGGGACAAGCAGCCGGGGAAGCAGGCCACCAAGUACCCUGCUGCCCAGGCCACCUCCACGGCAGUGAUCAGGCCCAAGGCUCCAGAAAUCAAGAUCAGACUGGGGAGUGUGCAGCAGCCAAGCUCAGACUUCAACAUUGCCAAGCUGCUCACGCCCAAGCUGGCCAGCAGCAGCACCUCCAACUUCUUUAAGACAACUGAGGACAACAGCAGGGCACAGCAGAAACUCUUCCGUGGGGACAACCUAGAAAAAGUGCCCCAAUUCCAGGUGAGAGAUGUCAGAGACAAGUCCAAGGUUCAAGGCCCCCUCCACCAGGUGAGAGAUGUCAGGAAGCUAAUCAAAGGGUCCGGGGACAGUAGUGACAAGGGCAGUGUUACCCCAGAACAAGGGCUGACUGGGCCCAAACCCAGACAGCUGGCUGCUGCAGCUGGUGGGUCCAAAUCCCUGUCCCCAAUGGUGAUUAUGUGCCAGGCUGUAGUGAACCAGAGGGAAGACAGCAUGGACCGAGAGCAAAGGGAGAGCAUGGGCAAAGGUGGCAGGAACAGGGUCUUGAACUCCUCCUCCCCAGAAGGGACAGUUUUGGUUCACAGGGCAUCUGGCAGGCUGCCCGUGGCCACCAUUGCACCCAACAAGUCAGAGCACGGUUCCUACCUGCCUGUGCUCAAGAUUGUCUCCAAGGCUUCUGCCCAGAAGACCCCAGAGAAGCCCAAGGACGAGGAGGUCAAGGAGGAAGGGAAAGCCCCAAAGCCAGCCCGGAAUGCCCUAGAGAAGCUGACUGCCGCCGUGAGAUCCAUGGAAGAGCUGUAUAGCUUCAACAGGAAUGAGUGGAAACGCAAAAGCGAUCCCUUGCCCUUGAUGACUGAUAGCCAUGUCCUGUCACUCAUUGCCAGUGAAGAGAGGGAAGGGACAGGGGGUGCUGAGGGAGACACCGACAAGCUGGCUAAAAGGCUAGGGGAGGUGGAAGAGCGAGGUGCAGGAAGUAAAAGCGGAGUGUUCCUUCGUGGGGCCCCCAUAGAGCGUCUGCAGCGGAGAAACUCCAACCCAAGUGCAGAGAGUGUAUCUGCCCGAGCAGCCGCCUUUGAGAACCUGGCCAGAGAGAGGCCACGUUCCCUCUAUAUUCCCCCAGUUCACAAGGAUGUGGAGAGAACCCCACCCCUGCAGCCCCUCCCACCACUCCCCAGCAACCGGAACGUCUUCACAGUAAGUGCCAGCAGCACCCAGAAAACUGGGGGUGUUGCCGGCAAGUUCCCACAAGGGCCUUCUCCUGAGAGUCCUUCAGCAGCAAAGGGCGUCAAAUCACAGGGACUCCGGUCCCUCAAGAUCUCUCCAGCCACCAGGGCACCUUCUGAUGAGGCAGCCAGCAGGAAAAGUGGCAGUAAUUUGGAGAAGGGCAAUAGUGACUGUGAGAAUUACCUGACUAUCCCUCUCAAGGAAAGCCCUGUGGCAGGGGAACUUCCUGGCAGGCCUGGGGCUGGUAGAGAGGGGCCUCCAGCUUCCUCAGCUGCCAAUCUCUGCAGCUUGCCCCCCUUGAACGCCCGCAGUCAGGUCCCCACUAGCCCCAAAGGCUCCCAGGUCAGUGGAACCAGUCGGCCAGCUUGGCGUAGCAAACCUGACAACCCUCGGGAGACAGUAGCUGCCCGCACAGGGCCACAGAGCCCUGAGCAUACCCCUACCGCCAUUUACCACCAGCAGCCACUGCCCUUCACCCUGCAGGGUGUCCAGCCCCAGGUCCUUUGCUUCUCCCCACCUAGCAUGCCUGCGCCGGCACCUGCAGGUCCAGCUCCGGUCCCCACAGACCCCUUCCAGCAGCCACAGCCUCAGCAGACCCAGCGCAAGAUGCUCUUGGACGUGACAACGGGUCAGUACUAUCUUGUGGACACACCAGUGCAGCCCAUGACCCGGAGACUGUAUGACCCUGAGACGGGGCAGUAUGUGGAUGUGCCCAUAAGCUCCCAGCAGCAGCCCAUCGCUCCCAUGUCUCUCCCAAUGCCUCCCUUGGCCCUGAGUCCUGGGGCCUAUGGACCCACCUACAUGAUCUACCCUGGGUUUCUGCCCACGGUGCUGCCUACCAGUGCUCUGCAGCCCACCCCAAUUGCUCACACUCCAGGGGGCAGUGAGCUCUCCCCCAUCACAGCAGAACCCCCCAGCAAAGAGGCAGCUGUGACAUUCACCGAGGCCCCAUACUUCAUGGCCUCUGGUCAGUCUCCUGCUUCCUCUUCCUCUUUGGCUCCAGCAGCCACAUCCCAGCUUGUGGGGGCCAAGGGCUUCGCGCAGCUGCACGGCAAGCCUGUCAUCAGCAUCACUUCGCAGCCGCUGGGGCCUCGGAUCAUUGCCCCCCCUUCCUUUGAUGGCACUACCAUGAGUUUUGUGGUGGAACAUAGAUGACGCGCUAUCACCAGAAAGCAAAAUGGAGCAGCUGCUGGAGCAAGACAGAAAGAUGGACUACUCUUCUUUAAUCUAAAAGUUGCAUUGUAACAACUUUAAGAAUUCACCUGAAAAACUUCCUCUACAUUUAUUAUUUUUAGUUUGUGCUUCUUAUAAACCAAGUGUGUUUAAGCUUCUAAUAUUUUCCUGAACAACCAUAUUAGGGCAGUUUGUGUUAUUUUAUUUUUACAAAGCUAAUUGAAUGGUUACAUUUUUCCCCUUGUAAAACUAUUUCUUUUUAUACUUUAAUACAGGAUGUAAGCUAUCUUUUCACCUCUCUCCCUCCUGCACUUGUGACUAGGCAAAAAUCUCUUAAGUGUUCACAUAGUUCAAUCAAAACAUACAACAGAAUGGAAUUGGUUCUGCUCUACUAUUGUAAACCAAGUCAGCAAAUUGAUAAUUUGGAUCACAAAUCUCCUUAUUGGUUCUAGAAGUAUAUCAGGACUAGCUGGCAGAGCUGUAGCAUGUAUCUGGAUUUUAAACAUGAUGAACUUACACUUUGAAUUAUAUACCAGCCAAACCUAGUCAUCCUGUUGGUUAUGUUCUCCAUGUUCUUUUAUUGGGUUUGGCCUGAUUUCAAAUGUGAUUGUGAAGAAGAGUGGUUUUAACUUUUGUGUUUUGUUUUAAUUUUCUCACUUGUACAAUGCCAAGACAGUAUUUGUAGCCUUAAAAUAGAAUGGCUUAAAAUACUAGAAAUGCAGUGAUUGCAUUUAAAAUUAAUGUCUUAGUCUCAGAAAGGUAUAAUAUAUCUAUUUCCCUUUAAGAAUCCAAUCUUUGUUACAAGUGUAGAACAUUUUUUUUUUUCUUCCAUAAUUCUCCCCAUAGUUGCAUACUCCUGUCUUUCACAGACUGUUUGGAGUCUCAAGAGUGAACCGUUUGGGGCAGGACAGCGGAAGGUGAACGUAUUUCAGUGGCUCUGAAUCACUUUAGCCCUACCAGUACCCAUAGUAGUAACCUGGAGUUAUAAGCACUUACUCCUUAUAAGGCAAAUUUUAAGAGCUGUAGAGAAUCCAAUUUAUGGAAUUUUUCAUUGAUAUUUAAUUCUGCCUCAGUUGUAACCCAAUUCUGAAGGUUGUUUUGGUGAGUGUUCACAGUGAGUCUUGAAGAGUUGAUUCAAUGGAUAAAUAUUUAGUUUGUCAUAAUCAAAAUGUUACGUUGAUUUGUUUCUUAAUUACUUUGUUAAAUUAAUAACUUGAAGGUUCUCCUCGGCUUUCUUUAAGGAAUUUCCUUUUAUUUACUUGUUCAAAUAUAAAGCAUUCUGGUAAUUUUAAAAGGGCAUAUUUUGAUUUUAAUUAUCAGCAAUAUUUGGUUUCUGCUUAAUAAUUGCUUCUUGAAGCCACAGAAUUACACGCUGUUCAUGACAGAGGGUAUAAGUAUAAAACAAUGAGACUUAUUUUUGUAAGGUUUAUUUACUCUCAUUACUUUGUAGUUAUGCUUCCCAUAUCAGUCAGACUCUUUACAAAUAACUCAAUUUCACUUUCAAGGCCUUCCUUAAAGGAUUCUUACUCUAGAAAGAAGUUCUGUUGAGUAAAGGGAAAGGGUCACAAUUCAAUCAUUGGCCUGUUGAACUAUGAAAUGUAGUUAUAGUCUGUAUGAAACACGUAUGGAAAAGAUGCCCUUGUGCUAGAUUGUGGAAGGAAAGUGCUGUGCCUUUAUCAUAGAGCUCUUCUCAGCCGGAUUCAUCUACAGAUCCACCCCAGGAGUUACUUAAUUUUUCAUAACUGGGAAACUUCUCUCAUGGCCGUAGUGCUUCCUCUACUCAUAUAAACUGGAUAUGAAGCCACUUCAUACUGAAACAAGAAAGUAGAAUUCAUUUCAGGGAUCUCAAACCUGUAAUACUCAAGUGGCACCAUGAUAUCUCAAGUACUUGAACUUGUCUGGUGAAACUUAUGUAAGAUUUGGAAUGGAUGGUACCAGAACUCAUGAGACAGGUGUAAAACAACGUGUGACUUUUACUUAGGUUUCAUUUUACUUGGAUGCACAAUCAAUGCCCAUGGGAACAGCAGUCAAGAAAUCAAAUGAUGUAUUGCAUUGAGCAAAUCUGCUUCAAGAGGGCUCUUUACAGUGGUAAAAAGGAAAGAUAUCACUUUAAGGACUAAGGUGCGCUUGACCCAAGUAUUUUCAGUCACCUCAUACGCAUGCAAAAGCUGGA